AUGAAUGAGAAAGACGCAUAUUCCUGGGUAAUUAUGCUGUGUGUAUAUUCCCAAAACGGGCAUCUGCAGGAUGCUAAGUUCCUGUUUGACAUAAUGCCACAAUGGGAAACAGUGUCGUGGAAUGCCAUGCUCGCAGCAUAUGCCCAAACUGGGUAUAUUGACCAGGCCAAGGUGCUCUUUGACUCAAUGCCGGAAAGAAGUUUGGUGACAUGGAACUCAAUGCUUGCAGCAUAUUCGCAAACCGAGAAUCUGGACGACGCUUGGAAUAUCUUUGCAUCUAUGCCUCUACGGGAUCUAGUGUCAUACAAUUCGGUGGUUUUAGCAUUCGCCCAAAAUGGAGAUUUUGCAAGAGCGAAUGAGUUUCUCCGCUUGAUGCCAGAACACACUCUUGUUGCAUGGACGACAAUGGUGGCUGCGCUUGGGCGGCACUGCGAAUUGGAAUGGGCAAAGCAAAUGUUUGAUUCCAUGCCUCUGCAGAACAUAGUGACAUGGAAUGUGAUUCUGGGAGCAUAUGCUGAUAACGACCAUCUAGAGGAGGCAAAGAUUGUGUUUGAGGCAAUGCCGGAGUGGGAUCUUGUCUCAUGGACUAGCAUGUUUUCUGCUUUAGUUCGCGGGGGCAAUUUGGGUCAAGCCAAGCUAGUUCUCCGGUCAAUGCCAGUAGUCAACUCGUUGACAUUGACCACUGUUCUGGCGGCGCACGUCAACGCCGGUCAACUCGCGGAGGCUGUGCAGGUCUUUGAGUCAAUGCCCGAGAGGGACAUGGUUGCGUGGACGGCCAUGCUGGUUGGAUAUGCCCAAUCGGGGGAUACGAGACUCGCAAGGAAUAUGCUUGAAAAGAUGCCAAGAUGGAAUGUGGUAGCGUGCAGUGCCAUGGUUUUAGCAUAUAUUCAGCACGGCGACGUAGAAAACGCGCAAAUAAUUUUAUCUGAGAUGCCCUUUCUUGAUAGCAUUUCGUGGAAUUCAAUGCUCUCAGUAUAUGCCCAAGGAAGGGAUCUUGAACAUACCAUAUACGUGUUUGAUAGCCAACCUGUCAAGCCAGUAGCGUCCUAUAACCUAAUUCUCUCAUCGUUUUCGCAAAAUGGUUUUACAGAAAUGGCUGUGAGAUUGUUUCAUUCAAUGCAGGAAAGGAAUCUCGUGUCCUGGAAUGCAAUGCUUGCGGCGUAUGCCCACAUCGGGUAUCUUGAUCGAUGCUGGAAUCUCUUCGAGGCACUUCCAGAGAGAGACACUGUCUCGUGGGGCACAAUUUUAGCUGCAAUUGCGGAGAAAGGUGAUUCGAAAGACGCAUUCAAGAUUUUUAGCAGCAUGAAUCUGAUCGGCACAACAGCUGAUGAAGCUUGUUUUGUAUCACUUCUCGUGGCCUGUAGCCGUGGAGGCAAGCUCUACGCGGCCAAAACGUACUUGGCUUCCAUGAUCCUCGACUUUGGACUGAAGCCCUUGAAGCAGCACUACUGCUGUGUGAUAAACUUGCUGGCCAAAGCUGGGCACCUUGACAGUGCUGCGAAUCUUAUCAAUGAGAUGCCUUUUGUGCCAGAUGCCCUAGAGUGGACGUGCUUGCUCUCAGGAACUUACAGUGGUGGUAGAAUUUUGGGGACCAAUGCCGCAAAGAAGGUUGCGAGUCAUUUAAAUGGCCACUUUUUCCCGCCAGAACUUAUUUGCCCUAGCUAG